AUGGCUGUACUCCAGGUUUCUCAGAAAGAGUGCGAUGUGCUCGUAAACAAAUUGAUCACUAACCUUGUCAACAUAAAAGAUGAGACAGGGCAGUUUCUUAUGGAAAUCCCAGGUGGACGAAUCAUUGAUACCAAGGGCUGGAUCACUGGUUGGGAAUGGACCCACGGAAUUGGUUUGUAUGGAAUUUGGAACUAUUACGACUUGAAGAACGACCCGAAGUUUUUGCAACACAUCUACGACUGGUUUGAGGCGCAGAUGUUCGGUCCUGACGGUUCAACGCUGAAAAAUAUCAAUACUAUGGCCGUUUUCCUUCCAUUGGCAUAUGUAAUUGAGCGGUUUCCUCAAACCAGUCACAAGUACAUUCCCUAUGUUGAUGCAUGGGCUGAGUGGGCGAUGUACGAUCUCCAGAAGACCAAGUGUGGGGGAUUCCAGCAUGCAACGUACUUGACAGAUAACAAUGAGCAGAUGUGGGACGACACAUUGAUGAUGACGGUGAUGCCACUUGCCAAAAUCGGGCUCUUAUUGGAUCGCCCUCAUUACCUUGAAGAAGCAAAGAAGCAGAUGUUGCUUCACAUCAAAUAUCUCGUAGGCACGAAGACUGGUCUUUUUUUCCAUGGAUUCACAUUUGAUGGAAAUCAUCACUUUGCUGAAGCGUUGUGGGCAAGAGGUAACUCAUGGAUCACCAUGGUAAUCCCCGAAUUCAUUGAACUCUUGAAGUUGAAGCCUGGUGAAUUUUUGAGAGAGUUUCUUUUGGAGACAUUACGUGCACAAGUGGAAGCUUUGGUCGAGUUGCAAGAUAAGGAACUGGGCUUGUGGCAUACGUUGUUGGACGAUCCCGACUCGUACCUUGAAAGUUCUGCUUCAGCUGGGUUUGCUUAUGGAAUUUUGAAGGCUGUUCGGAGAGGCUACCUCAACAAGAAAUAUAGAAAUUGUGCAGAAAAGGCUAUUUCGGGAGUUAUCUCACACAUUGAUAAUAAUGGAGAGCUCCAGAACACUUCCUUCGGAACAGGAAUGGGUGACACGUUACAAUUCUACAGAGAUAUCCCGCUUACUGCUAUGCCAUACGGUCAAGCUAUGGCCAUAAUGGCACUUGGUGAAUACUCGAGACUUCACCUCUGA